UACAUGAAAAAACAUGAUAGUUUAGUUGUUCUGGUAAAAUCGAGCGUGCUCCGCCACCAGUUCUGUCUGCAGCGUAACACCUCGCUAGCUAUGUGGUGAUUUUCGAACCCUUGUGCCAGACACAUGAAGCGAACUCGAAUCAUGGAUAGCGUAGUGACGUUGAGUGCGCCGUACGUACCUACUGAAAGAAGCUUGCUUGCUACACUACUGUGUGCCUAGUGAAGUUGAUUGGACCAGUCAUCGCUAGUGACGUGAGGUGCGCUGAUUACCGUAAAAAAAGAAAGUACCUAAAAGUCUUCGAAGCUACCAGUCAUAUGUUAGUGCGUCUGAAAUUACGUGGUUUAUUUUUUCGAUUGAGAUACUGGAUGCGCCAGCAGUCUAUAGGUUAGGAAGUUUGCUUUUCUCCUAGCUGAUUCUUAACAUUAUCGUGCAUUGGUGGAACAGCUCUCUUCGGAAAUAUACGGUUACGAUAGCAACAUGACUACAACUCGAGAGGACGUUUUGUUGCAGAUGGGUGAAGUACGGUUUAAGAAAGGUGAUGGUACUUUGUACGUCAUGAACGAGCGGAUUGCUUGGAUUGCCGAACAUCGCGAUACAGUGGCCGUUUCGCAUCGUUUUCAGGAUAUUAAAAUGCAAAAAAUCUCCCCGGAAGGAAAACCGAAAAUCCAACUACAAGUUGUUCUACACGAUGGAAACAGUUCAACGUUCCACUUUGUCAACCGUAACGGGCCCCAGGCCCAAAUGGUUGAUCGUGAUAAGGUCAAGGAGCUGCUUCAGCAGCUGUUGCCCAAUUUUAAGCGUAAGAUUGACAAAGAGUUAGAGGAAAAGAACCGAGUCCUGACGGAAAAUCCGACGCUGCUGCAGCUGUACAAGGACCUCGUAAUCACACAAGUGCUACCCAGUGAUGAAUUCUGGGUGAACCAUGCCAAGCAAUAUUUGUCCAAGGAUCAGUCCCAGAAACAAGAUAUUGGUGUAUCCGGGGCAUUUCUAGCUGACAUUAAACCUCAAACAGAUGGCUGCAAUGGACUUCGUUACAAUCUCACUUCCGAUAUUAUAGAAUGUAUUUUCAAAACCUACCCGGCUGUUAAGCGGAAACAUACAGAACAUGUUCCUGCCAAAUUAACCGAGUCCGAGUUUUGGACGAAGUUUUUCCAGUCACAUUAUUUCCAUCGUGAUCGAAUAGCAGCCGGUACCAAAGAUAUCUUUACCGAAUGCGGCAAGAUAGACGAUCAGCAUCUGAAACAAGCUGUUCAGGAAAAUCUUGGUGAUCCUCUACUGGAUAUUCGCUCUUUUGAGGAUAAUACAUUAGAAGAAGGCUUUUGCAGCGCAACAAUCAAUAAACACACUGUAAACAGUGGCAACAUUGUGCAUCAAAGCAUGAUCAAGCGGUUCAAUCAGCAUUCAUUUAUGGUACUCAAAACAUGCACAGAUGUAAAAACUCUAAAUCAGGGUAUCGGGGCGAUCUUAAAUGCCACUCCUAUAUCCGCUAGCAAUGGAGAUACCAAUGGUAAUGCCAAGGAAAAGUCAAAAACGAACGCGUUGAAUAAUAACAACCAUCUAAUGAACGGGUUCAACAAAAAGGAUAAACGAGCUCACGAGAACAAUCACAUUCCCAACGGGGAUAUAAAUGGAAGUCACAAUCCAGCAUCAGUAGAUGAAUCUUCGGUCGAACCUGCCAUCAAACGGGCCCGAAUAUUAGAAAAAAUUCAUUAUGAUGAUCUAGAAGACGACAACGAUCGGAACAAACAGUCCAAACAAUUAAAUCUUACAAAGAUUGAACGUUAUCUGCACGGACCGGUGCCAAUCUCCAGUGGUGGGAUAUCGGCGGCUUUCCACGAUCCACAGUCCGAUUACGGUUUACCAGAUCUCGAAUCGGUCAACGGUUGCAUCAUGCAGGCUACCAGUGCCUGGAAUAAUAGAACACCUCACAAAGUAUUGGUCAGUGCUGCGUCAGCCGUCAAUGCCCUCAUGGAACUAAGUCCUGGUGGGGCACUGAUGAGAGGUUUCCAGGAGCAGAGUUUAGCCCAACUAGUGCCUCCCGAUAUCGAAAAGGAAAUUCGUCAUCUGUACCUGUCGGUACUGGAACUGUUGAAACAUUUUUGGAAGUGCUUCCCACCUACCACACCUCAGCUGGAGACACAGGCUAGUCGAAUGCACGAUGCGUUGCAGCGAUUUUCGCUGGCUAAGCUGAAGCCGUUUGAGGACCGUGCCAUGAGAGAACUGUUGCCAUUGGGAGCGUCACUAACGCAACAUUUAAACCAACUUUUGCAAUCGGCUAAUCGAAAAUAUGCCACCUGGCAGGAACGACAGCGACGCACAAACAGGUAGCAUCAAACGUCGGUACCGUCGACCGUUCUCCGCCAUCCACCGUCAAGUCGCCAUCAGCAAUUUCGUUUUCAACAAAAUCAUAGCGAUCUGGUCGGUAUAUAUCCUAACGACCGGAAACGCUAGCGUAGCAUCACCAUUGGCAGAUGAAAUCGUAACACUAUUUGCAAAUAGACUUAUUUAAUCUCAACACACCGAUCAAAUUAUCCAACUACUGCCAAUGCGGCACCGCGCAAUUGUCCAUGUUUUAAGAGAACCGCAGGCACAACAAUCCUGAAUCAAUUUGUGAUUUUCACGUUUUGAAUAAUGGAUAAGACAUCGGUUGAACAGUCGAUAGAAGCAGAUAAACUGUAGUAAACAAAUGGAAGUAAAUGAAAUGCCUGUUCUAAACUAGUUUUUGUAUCGAUUAAAUGCGCAAGCUGAAACAAUUCACUUAAGUCAUAUUUCAAAAGAAGUGAAAAGACAAUGAUUUUGAGCAAAUUCGACACUGUGGAUGGGAGGAAGAGUAACCGGAACACAAUAUGGCCGAGCUUAAGAAUACCUAAUUCCACACAUUUUUGUUGAGUGGCACAUUAGCGAUAGUAGCCUACAGUGUUCGCUAAUUCUGUUAAUUACUACAAUGUCGAUUUGAAAAAAGGAUCAAACAUUCACACAUCGUUGUCGUAAUAUGACGACUAAGGUAAUCAAUUCUCGGCAUUAUGAUUCUUCAAUUCGAGUGGAUAUGCGUGGAUAACCGUGAGUGAUCUUCGAGUAAAAUUCAUAAGCCCAAGCGCAUUCAAGAAUCGAAAACCAGUUAUCCUGAAAUUGCCGAUCGACUAAUUCAUAAGAAUGCCGUAAGAAAAACGUAGUCAUGUAAGCAGUGGGCCAACAGCCUAUUUUUGUAUUAGGGUACUUUUUCCGGAAAAUUAUACUCGUUUUGUUCUUAAAUCGUUUUGUUUUAAAUUUACCUUUCCAUGCAACGGCUGUUACCCGUUUUCUUUUCGAAAGAUCCAGAAACGCUGCCAUUAAAGACCAAUUAUGCAGGAGGUCGACGUUAAAACUACCGUUCAAUUUAAGAAGUGGAAAUUGUGAGGUUAAUAUACCAAGCGAUGAAAAAAUAUCACUACAGCUAGGUGGAACACAAAUCAAUAAUUUAACGAGAAUAAACUCAAGAAAGCUUGUUUACAAGAAAACAUGAUUUGGUACUGAAUGGGAAUAUAGACAACAUAAAACUAAUAAUUCAACGAUAAUAUCAACAAUAA